CUGCGGUCGGGGGACCUCCUGCAUUCGCGCCAUGUCCCCUCCCCCAUGGAGGGCUUUCGUUUGCUGGUUCGCGGGGCGGUCGCAGUCGCCGACGCGGGCCGCCUUCCUGUGGUUUCCGUCGAUUAUUCGGGGGGCGGCUACUUGUCGGCGCUUCCAUUUCUGCCCGGCACCACUGGCGCCGGCGGGGUCUUUGGGCUUCUUGGCAAUUUAGUCCGGUGGACGGCGGUCGCGGGGCUGGCCCGCCUUUGCUGGCAACGCAUUGCCAUGGGCAUGCGCCGGACGACCACCGACGUGCCCGGGUCGCUAACGAUGACCGCGGAACAGCCCGGGGGCGGUUCUUUCCGGUUUGUCUUGCGGGACUACCUCGGCGCGAUCGCGUACACCGCUACCGCGGGCGCCUCCUUGCGGGGGUCUUUGCGGGAAGGCGCGGAAGGGUUGCCCAUCGACCUGAACCCGCGGCCGCGGCAUCUGCGGGAGACAUUGCGCGGGCUGGUCUGGCCGUGGACUUUCGCCGCGCCGCAAGAUUUUCCGGAACCGCAAAACGACGGGCCCGCGGUUGGUCUUGCGGACUUGCUGGCCGCGGGCGAAGCGGCGCCGGCCGCGCCUGGAGAAGU